AUGGAUCGUCGCCGACGUCCCGUAUCCUCGGAAGAGGUGGACUACUGGGCUCGUACUUAUCAGUCCAUGUCUGCACUCAAUAAGGCGUCGUCUAGCGCUAACCUCUCCGACACUGUGCACCGUGUGAAUCGUCUCAUCUCUGCCUGGCCGACUGAUGACAUGCCCCCGGACGGGAUUACUGGUGUUAAAGAGUUGCACAAGAAGCUCGCCUCUGGGUUGAAUGACAUUAAGUCAAGCUCUGAACGCGAUGCUGAAGUUCUCAGCACUGCUAUUGAAAUGGUCUCUACCCUACUUGGUCUCAGGAGAGCAUCUGAGUCUGCGCCGCCAGAACCUGUUAAACGAGUCAAACGUCCCCGCGGAAGCUCGCCCGCAGGGCGAGGACAUACGCCCUCCACCCCUCGUGGCUCCGUUGGACCUCAAGGCUAUUCUGCUCGUUUGAAUGCACAGCUGCCACUACAACCCGGUCGUUUGAUUGCAUUUCUCACGCCCGGCGAAGGCGACGAGUCCGCCUGGAUAUUGGCCAAGGUUGUGAGAACGCUGAACGGCAGUAAGAAAAAUUAUGAGGUACAAGACGCCGAAGACAUGGACGAUGGCAGUCCUGGAGCGCUGUACAAAACUACGAUACAGAAGAUUCGACCACUCCCCGAUCUUGAAGCUCCGAACAACAGUCCGUCUCAUAUCAGCGCGUAUCCUGAACACCCGGCUGGAUCCAUCGUACUUGCCUUGUACCCGGACACAAGCUGCUUUUAUCGUGCACAGGUCGUCCAAGGCUUGCGCGAGUCUCAAGGCCGGACAUACCAGGUCAAGUUUGAGGAUGAUGAUGACCAACAACACACAGUGUCCGCCCAAUUCGUCGUUGACUUCAUCGGAGCGUAG